UAGCGAGUCCCCCGGUGUGCUCUGCCCUGCAGUACCCCUCACGUUAUGGGAUUGCUCUGCAUGUGCAUGGCCACCGUACUGUGCGCGAACUGAACAAGUAGUUGCUAUGCAACCUGAGCCGCAUCGCCUCCGUGUUUCUACAAUGGCUGAAAGAAGUUUUGAUAAAAGGGUCCGUCCGCCUCAAUGCGUCGUCUCGCAGAAACGUCCGUCCUUUAGCAGCAAGGCUGUGAGGUCCAAGAUGGUGGAAGUCAGACCGAAGGCAAAAUCUGCCUGUGGUUCAACAAAGAAGCACACAGAUGACCUUCUUGCUCAGGAAGAACAUUACAAACUCCUAAAUGCAGAGCUGGAAGCCAAAACAGCAGAUCUAGUAAGACAGGCAGAACAACUUAUGAGAGACCAGAGAGAAGUUCUGUCAAAACCUUUCUCCACCGUCCUGUUCACGGACGUUGAGGAUGAAGCGGAGUCAAGGAAGACGCGGCCUCCACAGAGCACGAUGCAGCAGCCUGGUGUGAAGGUGGUGACCAACAAAAGAAAAGAGCCUCGUUGUAAAACAGUAACCCCAAAGAUAUCUCAUGUGGCUGAUUUAGCAGAUGGAGAAGACUCUGAUCUCUUCCUGGCAAAGACGAUACGGAGCAUGGAGGAGAAGAUGAACGACAUCGUGAUUCAAGAAGAUGUUGUGGAUGAAGAGGUUGAUGCUGGAGACGAUGUAGGACCAGGCGUUUCAGAAGCUCAAAUACGAGUUCAUAAGGCAAAACUACGGAUCAUGCAGGAGGAACUGGAUCAACUCUCAUGUGAAUAUUAUAAGAAGGAUGAUGAAAAUUCAAAGCUCGGUGCUAAAAUGAAGGAGCUCGAGGAGGAGCGAGCCAGACUGCAGAAAACUACAAACAUCCAGCAGACGCAGAUGGAAAAGCACAGAGCUUUAGCAGAGGAGUCCGACAAGAAGUGCGAUGGCCUGCAACUGCAAGUGUCUGCAUUACACAAGGAGAUAGAACAUCUGAAUCGAUCCCACAAACAAGCGGCGGCGGUGCACAGCACGGUGGAGGUCCGUCUGAACAGAGCCUUGGAGGAGGGGGAGAGGUUCAAGGCUCAACUCAACAAGAUGACACAGACCAACAAGGACAAGAUAACCGAGGAGCAUCAGAGUAAAGAAAAUCUACUUGCUGAAAACAAAAUGCUCAAAAAACAGAAAUCGGAACUCGUUGUGGGUUUCAAGAAACAGCUCAAGCUUAUUGACAUCCUCAAAAGACAAAAGAUGCAUUUCGAAGCCGCCAAGCUGCUGUCGUUCACAGAGGACGAGUUCAUGAAGGCUCUGGACUGGGGGAAGUCCGAGACGCAGAGAGGUUCAGAUAAAUGAGAGCCUUCGGGUUCAAAGUGCAUUUAGAUUUAGAGAUGUCGUUAUUAUUAUCACAUUUAGCCAGCAGACAGCCUCAGGUCUUUUCUGGAAUUGUUUUUAUUAGGAUCCUGUCAGCACAGUCGAAAUAAAAACACAUCAAUUAAUAA